UUGGAGUCUAGAGGUUUCACUCCUCGUUUUGCCUCUUCCAUUCACUAGAGGAGAAGCUCACUAAACAUUUCCCUCUUAUCUGCGCCUUUGGGAAGUAGUGAAAAACAGCGUAUAGAAUAUUUUAAUCUUUAGGGGACCAAGAUGUCAGAUCCAAACAAAGCUGCCAUUGCAGCAGAAAAGGAGGCUCUGAACUUGAAGUUACCUCCCAUCGUUGGUCCUCCUGAAAACAUAGGUGUUAACACAUCAACACAAAGUAAGCUGCUGAAUUACAGAAGAUCCAAGGAGCAGAAGAAGACAAUUAAUCAGUUAGUAAUUGAUGGAGCUAAAAGAAAUUUAGAUAGAACACUGAGUAAAAGAAUACGUUCAUCACCAGAGCCAGAUUAUCCUCCAACUAUGACCAGUGAACUUAAAAAGAAAGGAUUCAACUAUAUUUACAUGAAGCAAUGUGUAGAAAGUAGUCCUAUAGUACCUAUUCAGCAGGAAUGGCUGGACCAUAUAUUAAUGCUGAUACCUGAGUCUUUAAAGGAAGGGAAAGAAAGAGAAGAACUUGUUGAAAGUCUCAUAAAUGAGGUGUCAAGUGACUUUGAAAAAAGCAUGAAGAGAUAUUUGGUGAAGAGUGUUCUUAUGAAACCUCCGGUUAGAUGGCUUGAAGAUGAAGGAGGCCCUUUACCUGAAUCCCCUGUAGGCCUGGAUUAUUCUAAUCCUUGGCAUUCUAGCUAUCUGCAGACAAGAAAUCAAAUAUUAGCUAAUUUGCACAUUGUUCAUCCAGUGAUGAAGGUAUUACUGGACCUUGGUUAUACGACAUUUGCUAAUACAGUUUUGCUGGACUUAACAGGAAUUAGAGCUAAAGGUCCAAUGGAUUGUGAAUCACUGAUAAAUGAUUUAUCAAUACAAAUUAGAAAAGCAGAAGAGAAAAUAAUGAACACAUGGUAUCCAAAGGUUAUAAAUCUUUUUAUCAAGAAGGAAGCACUAGAAGGUAUUAAACCUGAAAAAUUGGAUGCAUUUUAUAACUGUGUUUCCACACUUAUGUCAAAUCAGCUAAAGGAUCUCUUAAAGAGGACUGUAGAAGGAUUUGUUAAACUCUUUCACCAAGAAGAUCAACAAGGGCUGCCAAUAUUUAAGAUGGAAUUGACAUUAGAUGAUGAUAAAAUGGAAUUUUAUCCUACCUUUCAAGACUUGGAAGAUGUUGUUUUGGGUUUGGUAGAGAGAAUAGCUGAAGCUCUACAGAAUAUCCAAACAGUAUCCUCUUGGCUAUCAGGAACUUCAACACCUGUAAAUCUUGACACACAACUUCCCGAACACGUGUUACAGUGGGCUCUAAAUUCGCUGAAAAUGGCAAUACACCGUAACUUAGAAAGUGCAAAAAACCAUUAUGAGGCAUAUGUUGAAAAAUAUAAUUGGCUCUUUGAUGGGACUGCAGCUGAGCUCAUAGAGACUUUUCAGGCAGAAGAUCAUACUUUUGAUGAAUACACAGAGUUUAUAGGAAAAUUUCUCAGUCUUGCCUCAGAAAUAAUGCUUUUGCCUCAGUGGGUUCAUUACCCUAUGGUGCAUUUGGAUUGUGAAGAUUUGAAGACAGGCCUAACAAACAAAGCAAGAGCCUUUACAAACAUAUUAUUAAAUGACAUAGCUUCAAAACAUAGAAAAGAAAAUGAAUGUAUUUGCAGUGAAUUUGAAGCAAUUAAAGAGCAUGCAUUAAAAGUCCCUGAGACAACAGAAGAGAUGAUGGAUCUGAUAUCUUAUGUGGAAAAAGCCCGGACAAUAGGAAUUCAAGACUUGGCUUUAAGGAUCAAGGAAUCCAAACGCCAACUGAGUUACUUUUUAGAUGUAUUUCUGUUUCCUCAAGAAGAUUUAAUUUUAAAUUCAACUGUCCUUAUGUGGCCUUGGAAAAUUAAUCCCAUCUUUGAUGAAAAUGAUGAGCUCAUUGAGAAUGCUAAACAUAAAAAAGAAAAUGAGCUAAUAGUCAAGAGAGAGAAACUAAUCUUGGAAAUAGAAAAAGAAUCACGCCGCAUGGAAGAAUUUACAGAAUUUGCAGAACUGGACCACAUGCCUCAGUAUGUCACCGAUGUAAGACAACUACAGAAACGUAUUCAGGAAUCUGAAGAAGCUGUUCAGUUUAUUAAUAAAGAAGAGGGACUUUUCAAAUGGGAAUUGACAAAAUAUCCUGAACUGGAUAAAUUAAAAGUUACCAUUGAGCCCUUUCAGAAGUUUUUUAAUUUAGUUUUGAAGUGGCAACGAACAGAAAAACGGUGGAUGGAUGGAGGGUUUUUGGACCUUAAUGGGGAAAGCAUGGAAACUGAUGUAGAUGAGUUUUCCCGAGAGAUUUUUAAGACACUGAAAUUUUUCCAAAUGAAGCAAAAGAAGGAAAUACAAGAAAAAAGAAAAGCAGCAAAAAGACGAUCUCUGGAAGAAGAGAAAUUUGAAGAACAACCAAAAGAGAAUCCUACUAUUACUAUGUGCUCUACAGUAAUGGAGCAGAUAAAAGUUUUUAAGGAAUUUUCAUUAGAGAAAGCCAUGCAUACAAUGAUAAGAACUUGGGAAGAUAUUGCUUUUCAUAUAAGUCUAUAUCGUGAAACUGGAGUCUAUAUUCUUUCUUCAGUAGAUGAGAUUCAGGCUCUCCUUGAUGAUCAAAUUAUAAAAACUCAGACAAUGAGAGGUUCACCUUUCAUCAAACCAUUUGAAAAAGAGAUCAAGGCCUGGGAGGACCGUUUGAUUCGAAUACAAGAAACAAUUGAUGAAUGGUUAAAAGUACAAGCGCAGUGGCUGUACUUGGAGCCCAUUUUUUGUUCUGAAGAUAUCAUGCAACAGAUGCCAGAAGAAGGACGUCAGUUUCAGACAGUGGACAGACAUUGGCGGGAUAUCAUGAAGUUUUGUGCAAAAGAUCCAAAGGUCCUUGCUGCUACUUCUUUAACAGGUUUAUUGGAAAAACUACAGAACUGCAAUGAACUUUUGGAGAAAAUUAUGAAAGGGCUUAAUGCAUAUCUUGAAAAAAAACGACUUUUCUUCCCUCGUUUUUUCUUCUUAUCUAAUGAUGAAAUGUUAGAGAUUUUAUCAGAGACCAAAGAUCCACUUAGAGUUCAGCCUCAUUUAAAAAAAUGCUUUGAGGGCAUUGCUAAAUUGGAGUUUCUUCCCAAUUUGGACAUUAAGGCCAUGUAUAGCUCUGAAGGUGAGCGAGUGGAGCUGAUUGCACUUAUUUCCACAUCUGCAGCACGAGGUGCUGUAGAAAAGUGGCUCAUUCAAGUAGAAGAUUUAAUGCUCCGGAGUAUUCGUGAUGUGAUUGCUGCAUCCAGGCUGGCUUAUCCAGAAUCUGCAAGAAGAAACUGGGUUCGAGAGUGGCCUGGCCAAGUUGUACUUUGUGUUUCUCAAAUGUUCUGGACUUCUGAGACACAGGAAGUUAUAAGUGGUGGGACAGAGGCAUUAAAGAAGUACUAUAAGGAACUUCAGAGUCAGCUAAAUGAUAUUGUAGAGCUGGUAAGAGGAAAACUGUCGAAGCAGACCAGGACUACUCUGGGGGCUCUGGUUACUAUUGAUGUCCAUGCUAGAGAUGUGGUUAUGGACAUGAUUGACAUGGGUGUCUCACAAGAUACAGAUUUCCAGUGGCUUGCCCAGCUUCGAUAUUAUUGGGAAUAUGAGAAUGCUCGAGUUCGUAUCAUUAAUUGCAAUGUAAAAUAUGCAUAUGAAUAUCUUGGUAACUCACCUCGACUUGUCAUUACUCCCCUAACUGACAGGUGUUACAGAACAUUGAUAGGUGCCUUCUAUUUAAACCUUGGAGGUGCUCCAGAGGGGCCAGCAGGCACAGGAAAAACUGAAACCACCAAGGACUUGGCUAAAGCUCUUGCUGUACAGUGUGUGGUGUUUAACUGUUCAGAUGGGCUAGAUUAUCUAGCAAUGGGAAAGUUUUUUAAAGGAUUGGCUUCUUCUGGUGCUUGGGCUUGCUUUGAUGAAUUUAAUCGAAUUGAGUUGGAAGUGUUGUCGGUGGUAGCUCAACAGAUCCUUUGCAUUCAGAGAGCCAUUCAGCAGAAACUGGAAGUAUUUAUUUUUGAAGGGACAGAACUGAAACUCAAUCCAAACUGUUUUGUAGCUAUUACUAUGAAUCCUGGUUAUGCAGGACGUUCUGAAUUGCCCGACAAUCUUAAGGUUCUUUUUAGAACAGUGGCUAUGAUGGUUCCAAACUAUGCCCUCAUAGCAGAAAUCUCCCUCUACUCCUAUGGAUUUCUGAAUGCAAAACCUCUGUCUGUGAAGAUAGUAAUGACCUAUAGGCUUUGCUCAGAGCAGCUCUCAUCGCAAUUUCAUUAUGACUAUGGAAUGCGAGCAGUAAAAGCAGUUUUAGUGGCUGCUGGAAACCUAAAACUAAAAUUUCCAAAUGAAAAUGAAGAUAUACUUCUUCUUCGAUCAAUUAAAGAUGUAAAUGAACCAAAGUUUUUAUCACAUGAUAUACCCUUAUUUAAUGGAAUAACUAGUGACUUAUUUCCUGGUAUUAAACUUCCUGAAGCUGACUAUCAUGAAUUUUUGGAAUGUGCUCAUGAAGCUUGCAAAGUACACAAUCUUCAGCCUGUGAAAUUCUUUCUUGAAAAAAUGAUUCAGACAUAUGAAAUGAUGAUUGUUAGACAUGGCUUUAUGUUAGUAGGAGAGCCUUUUGCUGCUAAGACAAAAGUUCUGCAUAUGCUGGCUGAUACUCUAACUCUUAUGAAUGAACGUGGCUGUGGAGAGGAAGAAAAGGUCAUUUAUAGGAUUGUAAACCCCAAAUCCAUUACUAUGGGCCAACUUUUUGGACAGUUUGACCCAGUAUCUCAUGAGUGGACUGAUGGUAUUGUGGCUAACACUUUUAGAGAAUUUGCUUUAUCGGAAACACCUGAUCGAAAAUGGGUUAUAUUUGAUGGUCCCAUUGACACUUUGUGGAUAGAGAGCAUGAACACGGUAUUGGAUGAUAAUAGAAAGCUUUGCCUUAUGAGUGGAGAAAUCAUUCAAAUGUCUCCUCAAAUGAGCCUCAUCUUUGAAGCAAUGGACCUUUCCCAGGCCUCACCUGCCACUGUAAGCCGCUGUGGCAUGAUUUAUUUGGAACCCUCACAGUUAGGAUGGGAACCUCUUGUGUCUUCAUGGUUGAAUUCACUGAAAGGACCUCUACAGGAACCAGAUCAUCAGGCUCUGCUGAGAGGACUUUUUGACUGGUUAAUACAGCCUACUUUAAAGCUUCGUAAGAAAAAAUGCAAGGAGCUGAUUCCUACAAGUGAUAGCAAUGUGGUUGUAUCUCUCACACGCCUCUUUGAAGCCCUGCUCUGCGACGUGGUAGAAAAUGAUCCUACAAGCAAGCACAUUCGUGUCUGGAUUAUGGCUUGCUUUAUGUUUUCUUUGAUUUGGUCCAUUGGAGGAAGUUGUGAUACAGAUGGUCGCCUCGUUUUUGAUUCUUUCCUACGAUUAAUCAUACUGGGAAAUGAAAACAACCCAGUUCCUGAAUCUGUGGGUAAAUGGGAAUGCCAUUUUGAUGAAAAAGGCCUGGUCUAUGACUACAUGUAUGAGUUGAAAAACCGAGGUCGCUGGGUCCAUUGGACUGAAUUAAUUAAAAGUACUAAUUUAGGAAAUAAACGUGUCAAGAUUCAAGAUAUCAUAGUCCCUACAAUGGACACAAUUAGAUACACAUUUCUAAUGAAUUUGAGUAUUACCUAUGCAAAGCCACUGCUUUUUGUGGGUCCAACGGGUACAGGAAAAUCAGUGUACGUGAAGGAUAAGCUAAUGAAUCACUUGGAAAAGGACAAGUACUUUCCUUUUUAUGUUAAUUUCUCUGCACGCACCAGUGCCAACCAGGUUCAGAACAUUAUUAUGGCUAGAUUGGAUAAACGACGCAAAGGAGUUUUUGGACCACCUAUGGGAAAGAAGUGUAUAAUUUUUAUUGAUGACAUGAAUAUGCCUGCAUUGGAGAAAUAUGGAGCUCAACCUCCUAUUGAAUUAUUACGACAAUUUUUUGACUGUGGGAAUUGGUAUGACCUUAAGGAUACAAGUAAAAUCACAUUGGUUGACGUAGAGCUGAUUGCUGCCAUGGGCCCUCCAGGUGGUGGAAGAAAUCCAGUUACUCCCCGUUUUAUUCGACAUUUCAGCACCUGCACUAUUAAUACUUUUAGUGAUGAAACAAUGGUCCGAAUCUUCUCAUCAAUUGUAGCAUUCUACCUUAGGACUCAUGAAUUUCAUCCGGAGUACUUUUUAAUUGGGAACCAAAUUGUCAGUGGGACUAUGGAGAUCUAUAAACGAUCCAUGGAAAAUCUUUUGCCUACUCCCGCAAAAUCUCACUACACUUUCAACUUGCGUGAUUUUUCACGUGUCGUCCAGGGCUGCUUACUCAUUGAAAGAGAUGCUGUGGAGAGCAAGCACACUAUGACCCGGCUGUUUGUGCAUGAGGUUCUUCGAGUGUUUUAUGAUCGCCUCACUAAUGAUGAGGAUAGAUCCUGGCUGUUCAGUUUAACCAAAAUUGUUAUAAAGGACCAUUUUAAAGAAUCAUUUGAUAGUAUCUUUUCACAUUUGAGGAAAGAGAAUGCACCAGUAACUGAAGAGGACUUAAGAAACCUCAUGUUUGGUGACUAUAUGAAUCCUGACCUUGAAGGAGAUGAGAGAGUUUAUAUUGAAAUUACAAAUAUUCAUCAUUUUAGCGACAUUGUAGAACAAUGUUUAGAUGAGUAUAAUCAAACUCACAAAACAAGAUUGAAUCUUGUCAUUUUCAGGUAUGUACUGGAACAUUUAUCACGAAUAUGCCGAAUUCUAAAGCAGUCUGGUGGAAAUGCUUUGCUUGUUGGACUUGGAGGAAGUGGUCGUCAAUCUUUAACUCGUCUGGCUACAUCCAUGGCAAAAAUGCAGAUUUUCCAACCAGAAAUUUCUAAAAACUAUGGUAUGAAUGAGUGGAGAGAGGAUCUAAAGGUAAAAUUAUGAACAAAUAUAGUGUCAAAAAUAAUAUCAGUGCAUUCUUUUACCUGUGAAGAGAAAAGAGCCAAUUUGUAUAGCUAUGUGCUAAGUGCUUUACAUACAUGAUCUCAUUCUAUAAGUAGAACAUUUCAAUACAGCAGGUAUGGUUGUCUCUGUAUUUUACUGGUGAGGAAACCGAAGUUGAGCUUCGCUUCUUUGGAGCUGUGUUUUUGUAACCAAUAGAAUAGUGGAGGGCAUACUUGGGGCUUUCAUCCUCAUGUGUGUACAACUCUGCAGGCCCCAGAAGAGAGAUGGCCCAAAGUGAAAAAAAAAAAAAGCAAAGGAGCUAUUGCUGGAUGUUUUUCACUUUCAUUUUCACAGAUCCUCACAUACUAAAUUUCUACAUGCUAAAAGUUAACAUAAAGAAAAGGUAGCAUUUGAUAUCUUUUUUAAUGAAAGUGAUUACAACUAUAAACUUCCUUCUUAGCACUGCUUUAGCUCCAUCCCUAUAAAUGUUGAUAUGUUGAGCUUUCAUUUUCAUUUGUUUCAAGAAAUUUUCUUAUUUCACUUAUGAUUUCUCCUUUGACCUAUUGGUUAUUUAAGAGUUUGUUGUUAAAUUACCAUGUAUUUGUGGAUUUUUCAAUGUUCCUUCUGCUAUUUACUUCUAGUUUCAUUCCAUUGUGAUCA